UCGUGCGAAGCGGUUCGGUUGCUCGUUAGUUUGCUGGCUCAGCGAUUUCCCACAGUCAAAGAAGUGUUUCCGCGAAAAAGCUGGCCAAAACGCGAAAAGGUGGCUAAUACACUGUUGAACUGUCCCAUAAAUAAUUGCCAUUCGAGCCGAACAAUUAAGGAGUCUGCGAAAAAGCUGCAGCAGCUGCAAGACAUCCAUAAAUCGUGUCUAGGAAAAUCAAGAUCGUGUUUACAUUUGGGUUUUCCAAAUGCAGCCAAUAUCCUCACUUCGAGUGGCACUGACAACUCAAUACGAAAAAUCGUGUAGAUUGGCACCGGAUAAUUGUGAUUUAGCUGUGCGUGUCUAAGUUGGAUUGGUUUACACAAUUUGUGACUACUAAUAAUUGCAGUUUAUUGAGGGAAAUAUUUUAAUAUGUCGAAACUGAAGACGGCAAAUUAGACACAUGUUGAAAUAAAUACCACAAAUGCCUAUGUAAAUUCUCGCAAUAAUAAUUUUUAAAACCAAAGUGUAGCUGCCGUUGGAUUCUAUUUUAUUACUCGCUUAAUAGCUUCUGAAAUAGCUAUAACAUUGAGAUAAGCACAGCAAUUAAAAAAGACGUAAAAUGUUAUAAUAAAUCUAGUAAAAAAUGAUUUAAAAGUGUGUUUUCAUUAGGUCAAAUUAUAUAUAGAUUAGUUUAAAAUAUUAAAUUAAUAAUCUGCUAAAAUGUUACAAGUUACAAAUGAAAUACAGAUUCGGUUUAAAAUUUUUUUUGAUUGUAAAGGGUUUAAUUAUGAUUAUAAUUAUUAACAGCUUGUGCAAAAAAAAAAACUAAAAAUGCUAUUAAUGUAACAACAGAUUGCAUGCAAUUCAUCAAUUUAAAAAUGUCAGAGUUGAUGGUUGAUUGGAUUUUUCAUUAGCACAGGUGAAAAGCUUAUUAAAAUGUAGAUAUUUACCUCAGACAAGUAAUAAAAUGUGAGUUUAAUUAAAAAAUAUUUCUUUUUAAUUACCUAGGUGACAGAAGAUUAAUUAGAAACAUAUGCAAAUGCCUGUUGAGAGAUUAAUUUACAUACAUAUUACAAAUACCUUUACAAGUGUUCAGAUCUAAAAACUCAAACAAUGAGAUCAAUUAGAGUUGGAUUGAUAUUGCCGUUUGUGUUUGUUCUGGUUCAAUGAGAACAUCACGCAUACGCCACCUUGACAGUGGCUGGCAUUCCUGAACCCUUUUUCGUGGAAACCAAACAAGAAGUCUAAGCUCCCAGGCCAAAAUUAUUGAUGCUACGCUCGCAUUCUUUUCCAAUUCGCCGAUGUCUGUGAACGAAAAAAAUACCAGAGACAACUAACAAGGCAAACGCACUGAGCGAAAAGUGUUUUUGAUAUUUUGAUCUUCUAUUUACUUGAAUAUCUUUUAAAGUUGCUGUGUUAGAUGUUGAAUUGGAAGUUGAAUUUUUGAAAGUAGUUUCAACAAAUAAGUUUUGUAACUAUUAAUAGUUUUUAUAUUAAACCUAUAACAACAUAAAGUUUUUAUAAUCAUUUGAUAAGUAAGACUAUAAUUGUUAAAUGUUUAAAAUCAGUAGUCCUCAGUAAUCAACAUUUUACAUUUGAAUAUUGUAAGACUAAGUGAUUAUAUUGAUUAGUUGAUUAUUUUUGUAUAAAUAAUAAUAAUACUUUUAAAAACAUUUUUUUUAUUAAGAAGCAGGAAUACCAGGAUAAAUAUUUACAUUGGGGAUAUGUUCAGUUAGUCACCUUAAAACACCUUUUGGUCGCAGUGUAGUUAAAAAACAGUCGGGGGCAGUCACUGACACUGAAGAACCUCCACAGUCGUACUUUGACUCUUGCGGUCGUCGGUUGUUCGUUAGUCGCCGGUUUCGAGUAAUUCCUAUAUGGCAAUUGCCAUUUUUGGCGCAACAGGACGGCCUGUAGGAGACGCACCUUAAAAGUGCGCCCGGAUCGCCUGGGUCGGGUAACCUUUAAUGGGGGAACGCCAUGGGCCUUUCAAACUCUCCCAAAUUGGCAACCGGUUGGCUCCCAGCGAAUCUUUCUGUGUGUCUGCUGGAAAAGCCUCUUUGUGUCAGUCGUGUGUCAUUAGCAGCCGCCGACUGAGCUCCCAGUGUGUCAAAAAUUUGAACUUUAAAGUGCUCAGGUGCUGAAGAGCCCCCUAGACGAAAAGUAGACAGCAGACACUCGGACUGCCAGUCAGUCAGUCAGUCGGUCUCUGCCUGCACUGCGAAAAAAUUGUGUAAUUAAGUUUGUGGACGAAUCGUACGUGGCUAAUUGCCAACAUCAAUGAAAAAGAAGACCAACACAUAAAAAAAUAUAAAAGACAAAACGAAAAAAUAAAAACAAACAAAAAAGAAACAAUAAAUGGUCAAAACCCAUUAAAAACGCGUUCAAAAUGUGUAAAUAUGUAAUGUGCGUACACGAGUGAGUGAAACGGGGAGAAAAAGCCACAAUUUGCCGAGUUUAUAACUGACUUUUUGCAACAAAAGUGACUACGAUGGAGGCUUUUGUUAUUAUUAUUGUGACGCUGCUCACAAUUGUCACACAGCAAGAAAACAACUGUGCGGCCGUCGAUGUUUACUUUCCCAGCACGUCGGUGAAAUUCAAUCUGCCCAUUAACGAGGAAUCGGAGAGCAUCUUCUCCAAGAUCCCGCUGGUCCAGUUCCAAGUGCUGCGGAUGGAGAGCAACCGGUUGGCCAGUGAUUACCUCUACAGCCUGGAGGAGAAUCCCCUGCUGCGGAUAAAUAGUUCGUCCGGCGAGAUAUACAUGCGCACUGAUUACCGCUCACCCAACUCGAGUGUCAAGUAUGUGGUCACGGCUUUUCCCAGGGAUCAGCCGGAUCAUGAACUGCUGCCCGUGACGCACCUUACUUUGGAGGUGGUACCGCAACCGCUGGAGGAUUACUGUGCAGAACUGGAGCACAUUUGCUUCUGGAGCAGUGCGCAGUACAGCAUAGCCGAAUCGCAGGGUCAGUAUAGGCGUAGGGAUUCCUUUGAGCCGGUCCUCAUCGGGGCCCUCAACUCGCGGGCGGCCAAGUACCUGUGUCCACAUGUGUCGCUGGAGUACUCCCUCAACGCCGGCAGUUCCCACUUCGUUCUGAAACAGAAUCGCCUGUACACCCGACAGCCACUGGAUCACGAUGAGCUCAAUGGACUGAAUGCCCGGGCUGGACAGCUGCAGGCCAGGAUCAUCUGCACGGUUAAGUUGUCCACAAGGGAUCAGAGGAAAUUCUCGCGUAGCUUCGAUAUCAAGUUGCUGGAUCGCAACGAUAAUGGGCCUAAGUUGCAGGAGAGCGAUAAUAAUUUUAAGUUCUACCUGGAACAGCCCUACUUUCAAGCGGAUGAGGAGGCGGGGAAGAAAAUCAUCUAUGUGGACAAGGAUACGCUGGCCGCCAAUGCUCACCUGGUCUACGCCGUCCACAAUGACACCAAUGGACUGUUCCGGCCAGACUGCCACGCCCAUGAGGCGGAUCACACGGGCAGGCCACAUACCAUCGUCAGUUGUCAACUUCGCUUCUCCCGCAACGGUGUCUUUCGGGAAUCCCCCUAUUGCGUUUCCCUGGAAGCUCGGGAUCUGACCAUUGAAACCCACAACGAUGCCAUGUCCGCCACGGCCUACAUUUGUUUCCAUAUAAACCUGAGUAAUCUUCACGAAACAGACCAAGAGUUGCCUCAAGCUCUUCCUUUGCGAUCUCGUCAACAUCGAAUCUUCGAGAAUGAGGAUUUCAAUGGUGAUUCAGCAGGCAGAUCCUCGGGUCCAUUGAUCGUGGAAUACGAAAAGGAUGUGUCCUUAUACCGGACUGCUGCCUCCUAUUAUCGGGUAGCUCAGCCGGAAAGUUUUCUAGACUUGAUGCGGUCACGUUCCAUACGAUUCAAAAUCGUGGAGGAUAAAAUUGAUGCUUUUGGCAUAACCCCAACAUCGGGUAUUGUCUUUGUGAAGAAACCACAGGCUUUGGAAGAGGCCCCUGAAACCAUAUACUUCCUGAAUGUCACCUGGAUGGAUCAGCAACGUCUCUCGCACGUUCGAGUCAUAAAUGUGCAUUUGAUUCAUGGAAGACCCGAGAACAUCAGUUGCGAUCUGAAGAUCAAGUCACGAUCGCAAACCUGCGCCCAGGUUAAAUUCCCGUCGCAAUGCAACCGAUUUUGUGGAUUGGCCACUGGUGGCGGAUCUUGUCAGUGGCGGGGAUCCAAUUCAGCUAUGUUUGGCUCGAGAUAUGGAUCCUGUGUGCCCGAAUCUCGCUACUGUCCGGAUCAUGUGUGUGAUCCGUUGGAGGAACUGAAUCCCAUGGCCUGUCCACAGGAUUGCACACCGGCUGGCAGAAUAAUGGGUCCCCAUUCGAGUAAUGAGAACAAGAGGGGGAUCUAUAGUGCCUCUGGAACCUGCACAUGCGAGGAUAACGACAAGUGCUCGUGUGCUCCGCUGGACGAGGAACCCAAGAUUAAGAAGCCCCGCAAGCGAAAAAACGAAACGGAGGCGGAACCUCUGAUGGGCGGAAGACGGGGGACUCCAGCAGAUCAAUCUCUCCAGGAUCCCCUGCUUCUGGGUGUAAUAAAUGUGGCCGGUUUCGAGUGCGACCGCCUCUGCAUGUUUUUCGUGAUCAGCUGUCCUCUGUUGUUCGUCCUCGUGCUCCUCUGCCUGCUUAUUGCCCAGAGGAAGAUGCUCCAACGUCGCCUGGGCAAACAAUCGAUAACCCCAUCCGCCAAACAGGCUCUUCCGGAAUUGGGAGACGGAGAUCUCGCCCUGAUGCCACUGCAAGGUGGUUUCAAGUUCGAAAGUGGCGAUACCAAGUGGGAGUUCCCCCGCGAUAAACUGCAACUGGAUACGGUGUUGGGGGAGGGUGAGUUCGGUCAGGUGCUCAAGGGCUAUGCCACGGACAUCGCUGGAUUGCCCGGAAUAACCACCGUGGCUGUGAAGAUGCUCAAGAAGGGUGCCAAUUCCGUGGAGUACAUGGCCCUGCUCUCGGAAUUUCAACUCCUGCAGGAAGUCUCCCAUCCGAAUGUGAUCAAGCUGCUGGCAGCCUGCACCUCCUCGGAGGCGCCUCUCCUCAUCAUAGAGUAUGCCCGUUAUGGUUCGUUAAGGAGCUAUCUCCGCCUCAGCCGAAAGAUCGAAUGCGCCGGCGUGGAUUUCGCGGAUGGAGUGGAGCCCGUCGAUGUGAAGAUGGUGCUAACCUCCGCCUGGCAGAUCUGCAAGGGCAUGGCCUACCUCACGGAACUAAAGUUGGUUCAUCGCGAUUUGGCAGCCAGGAAUGUACUCCUAGCGGAUGGCAAAAUAUGCAAGAUCUCCGAUUUCGGACUCACCCGAGAUGUUUACGAGGACGAUGCUUAUUUGAAGCGAUCUCGAGAUCGUGUGCCCGUCAAGUGGAUGGCACCGGAAUCUCUGGCGGAUCACGUAUAUACCAGCAAAUCGGAUGUAUGGUCGUUUGGCGUUCUCUGCUGGGAACUGAUCACCCUGGGAGCCUCCCCGUAUCCAGGAAUCGCCCCUCAGAAUCUGUGGUCCCUGCUGAAGACGGGUUAUCGGAUGGACAGGCCGGAGAAUUGUUCGGAGGCGGUUUACUCCAUUGUUCGCACCUGCUGGGCGGAUGAACCGAAUGGCCGACCCUCCUUCAAGUUUUUGGCCUCGGAGUUUGAGAAACUAUUGGGCAACAAUGCCAAGUACAUAGAUCUGGAGACGAAUGCCGUUUCGAAUCCGCUUUAUUGCGGGGAUGAUUCUGCCUUGAUGACCACGGAGUUCGGUGAGCCAGAAUCGUUGCAGCACCUUUGGUCACCGCCCAAGAUUGCCUACGACAUCCAUGACCAGGGCACCAGCUAUGAUCAGUCGGAGGAGGAGAUGCCAGUGACUUCGACGGCUCCGCCUGGCUAUGACCUGCCACGCCCCCUGAUCGAUGCCACCGCCAAGGAGCAGGUUUUGCGAUACGAAAACGAUCUGCGAUUUCCCCUGAACAUUCGGAAAUCCAGUUGCACUCCAAGCUACAGCAAUAUGACCAGUGGUUCGCCAGCGGCCACCUCAUUGCCACACUAUUCAGUUCCCGUGAAGAGGGGUCACUCCUAUAUGGACAUGACCAACAGGAGUCUCAUUCCCGACAAUCUGGACAGCAGGGAAUUCGAAAAGCACCUAUCCAAGACCAUCUCGUUUCGCUUCUCCAGUUUGCUGAAUCUCAAGGAAACUGCAGAGGCGGAACCAGGUCAACAGGCCGAGGAUGUAGUCUAAAUCUGCCAGUGUAUUGUUUUCACCCAUCCACUCAGUUCUUGUCUCUCAUCUGCGCCUGUUUUUCAGUUCAAACUGUUUGUUAAUUAGUUUUAGUUUUACAUUUAGUCUCGUAGCUUUAUGCUGAUGCCAAAAAUGAAUUGUAAAAGAACCGCAUUCGAUUUCGAAUACUCCCAAGCAUUUAUAAGGGAAAUUAAAUAGCCAAAGAGAAACUAGGUUCUUUUAGUCACACAUUCCAAACCCUCUCUUAAAAAAAUCUAAAAAUAUUUUUAAAACACCGUUUUGGAUAGAUUGAUGUAUAAACAGUCGGGAAUAAACAAUUUCUGCCUUUAACUUUACUUGCAAACAUAAAGGAUUUGAAAAGAUUUUAGAAGAAAAAAACCUUUUGUAAAAACUUUAAUAGAGACGUAUAUUUAAAGAAAUAUACAUUUUUGAAUUGUAUAC